AUGCCUGCUGGGGCCGAAGCGUGUGGUUCAAAGGUCGCACUGUUUGUGAUGAACUGCUCAGUUCUGCAGCUUUUCUUCCAUACAGAGGCAGGACUGACUUUUGCACAGGUAGCUGAGCUGCACACGGAUGACCAGUCUGACCUGAGAAGAAGUAAGAAGCUGACAGAUUUUUCUGCAUCAGCAGAAGUGAGAGAAAAAGUGGAAGAAAACAUCGCUGUGGAAUCCACUGAGAUAAUGAAAACAGACAACGAACAGAGAAGUGAAGGAAUUUCUCCAGAGACAAACCCCGUGAGGAAUGAAAACACUGAAGAUGGUCUGACUUCACAGACACACACAGAAAAGCAGAAGACUGAGGAGAAGACUGAGCAUGAACUCACCAAAACUACAAAUAUAGAAGAAACCCUGGACAGAAAUCAACUACACGUGAAAGGAAAUGAGGAAAGUGUGACUCCUGAGACAUUUCCUACAAGUAUAAUUUUAAAAGAAGACACAAAAGAAGACUUUAUCCCAGACACAGUGGAGUAUGUAGAUGCAGAUACAGAGUUUGUAGUGGAGAUGAGAGAAAAUGGGCUGAAUUUGGUUCCAAACUCUAAAACAGAGACUAACAACAAGAGCAGGAUAGUAAAGACAAUGCUGACAGAUGGCACAAAAAACUGGGAAAUAGUAAAACCUGUGAAAAAUCAGGAAGCAGAGUAUGACGAGUCAGAUGUGAAAUACAAGAAAAGUGAUCGAGUCCAAGAAAUACUGGAAGAGGAGAGAGAAAGCAGGUUAGUUGCAGGGAUUAGUUUUCAUGACACGAGAGGAGACACUCAUGAGGAUGAGAAGAUAUCAGCAGCAAAGCAGGAAAUCGUAGCAGAAGAAAAAGAGGAAAGAGCAGAAAGGGGAGAGGACAUAAAACAUGUGAAUAUUAAAGAAUUGGUGGAAGGAGAAAAGGAAGAUGGCGUAGUAGUUUACAAUCUCACACCUCCUUUAAGUACAUCCUCUGCUCAAGUGAGGAAAGAAUCAGAGAAUCCUGCCACAACUCAAAUUAUCACUCAGCCUCAAAAUCCUCCUCCUCCUCCUCCUCUUCAUCAUCAUCAUCAUCAUAAUGCCCCCCCUCCACCACCUCUUACACCCACACAUGCUCCCUCAGACUCCUCUCACCCACCCACCCUUUACACCACAGCUAGUUUUCUCCCGCUUUCUGUCAGUAUUUCCAUUUCUACAUCAAUCAGUCACAUCUCUGACUUAACAGUGAGUCCUGGAAACAUUUCCAAGCUAAAGGAAGCAGAAGAGAAAGCAGUUUUAGAAGCAGUAAUGGUCAGAAAUGUAUCACUGAAUCCAGCAUGGAAGGAGCUACAGACACACACAGCAGAGCACACAAGGGAAAUAAACACUGUUGAUGGAGCGAAAGAAGAAGAAUUUAUCUCUGCGGUGCAAGAAGCAACGCCAGAACCCAAAGAAGCAAAGUUUAUAGGCAGAGAUAUAAUAACCAAACAGCCGAAUCCAUCACCAAAACUGAUGCCAAACACAACCCAGCCCACAUUCAAACCCAGAACUGUCAUGGAAAAUGACACCAAACUUAGCGGGAAGCAAAAUAAAGCAUCCCCCUCUCAACUGACCAAAGCUUCAGCCAAACCACAGCUCACAACCACCAGGACACCUUCAAUGAGGCCAACAAAAAGCAACAAAAGUGGCAAAAAUAAGACAAUUAAAAAGUCCAAGGAAAAGAAAAGAAAGAAAGACAAUAAAACCCAAAAGAAGAAAGCGAUCCAGCCAACAACUCCCUCUCCUUACUUCAUGAAUAACUACUGUCCACCUGAGUGUGCCUGCUAUGGAAGAGUGGUCCAGUGCUCAGACAAAGGUGUGAAUACAGUUCCUUAUGGUAUUCCCUAUAACGCUCGCUACAUCCUUCUUAUGAACAACCAUAUCAACAGCAUCCAGCUGGACUUGUUCAACGACUACACCUCUAUGGAGUUCCUUGUGUUGAGCAACAACCAACUCACAGAUGGUGCCAUAGAAGGAGCUUUUGAGGGCAUCCCAGCCCUGAAGCGCCUCUACUUGGAUAAGAAUCUCCUCAAAAGUGUGCCAAAUGACCUGCCUGUUUCUCUUGAGGAGCUUCGUCUGGACAACAACCGCGUGAGGGUGCUGUCGGAGGCUGCCUGGGCUCGGUGCCCCAGUCUCCUGGUACUGAGCCUCAGCUAUAACAGCCUGGGGAAUGGAUCUGAACCUCUUCCUAAUGCAGUGCUCUCUCCUCUGUGCAACCUGCGUACCCUCAACCUGGAUCACAACCAGUUAACCUCAGUACCUCUGGGGUUACCUCUGUCCAUCAAGGAGCUCUAUCUGAAGGGGAACCUCAUUGAGCAGUUCCGUGGAGGAGCCUUCAAUGGGAAAUCAGGACUGCUGGUGUUGGAUCUGAGUGCAAACAGACUGACAAACAUUGGACUUCUUAGGGAUUCCCUCCUCAAUGCAACACACCUGGAAAGCCUCAACUUAGAAGGGAACAGACUGAAACAAGUACCAAGACACCUUCCUCCGUCGCUCAAAACUCUAAAUCUGCAGGGCAACUUGAUAUCUUCGAUAAAGAAAGCAACUUUCAGCAGCUUGAAAAACUUGGAGCACUUGGGCUUGGCAAGGAAUAAGAUCUUCAAAGUGGCACCAGGUGCGUUCAGGACACUGUCGGUCCUGCACCAGUUAGACAUGAGCCACAACACCUUACGCCAGGUGCCUCGACAGCUGCCUCAGGGUUUGCACUCAGUAGCCCUAACACACAACAAGAUUCAAUCAGUGCCUCGUGAUGCCUUUUGUUGGGGUAAUAAGAGUCUCAGCGGGCUUGUGCAAGUGCAGCUGGAGCACAAUUUAAUUGAUUUGGGGAAGCUGGAUGCACAGGCUUUUAGAUGUUUACGGGGCUUCCAGGUGGUGCAUUUCUACUGAGCCACUGAACCUUCAAGCGACAAGAUCAAAACUGCUGCUUGGACCUUUUGUACACACAAGCAAACGUUCGCUUUUGAUAGUACUGACUCCUUAACCAUGUGGACAAUGCCUCUGCUGUUGCCAGAAACUCCAGGUGAAACUGAAUAACAAUAUUUAUUGUGUGUGAAAUGCAAUUCAUUGUGUGUUACCCACCCAAUUCUCAUUCUCUGGCAAUUUUAAUGACACAGGCUGUUUUUCCCAGCAUGCAAUUAAGUUUGGAGAACAACAGUUUACAUGCAGCAGGAACAACCUAAUAAAGCUGUAUGGAACCAAAAUUAUGUGAUUGUGCAAGCUUUAUUAUUGACAUUUUUGGAAAUUUUCAUCUGACCAGAGCAGAUCACAACAAUUUAGAAGUAUUUCCAUCCAACAUUUGGUUUCCAUUCAUCGCAGUAACUUAAAACACUCUACAGAAACUUGCAUGAUACACAAUCAUACACUUGUGUAUUGUACUUCUCUGUGUGUUUAUUUAUCCCAGAGUAUUAAGUUGUCACAAAAAUUUUUAUGUUUAAUUUGGCAGAAUAUGUUUUUCCCCCACCAGAACGAGAGCUUCAGAUGGCUUUAGGGGUCAGAGAAAGAGUUUCCAAGACACCCCAGCUGGUGCCUGCAUUUCAAA